AUGUUUGUUCCCUUGCCGGUGCCGUUCGUGUUUCAGAGAACUGCCCCUGACCUCAACAACGCCUGGCGUCUCAAGUCCCCUCUGGCUCUCCGCUCCAGCUCCGAUAUCAGGAUGUCAAAGCCAGUAGAGAUUGAGAAAUUAGGGGCUGACUCACCGUUGGACAGCACAGAUUCAGAGCGGAAUGGACCUGAAUCAAAUCACCAGGCUCAGUCAAUGAAAGUCAAUCCCUUUCCCCUUUCACCAACCCUGAGCAAGACUAAGAUGGAGGAGUGUGAGAUGUCCCCGGCCCUUCCUCACUCUCACGGCCCGACCCCUUCACAGACGGCCCUGCAACAUACCCAGCUCAUGCUGACCGGCUCCCAACUAGCAGGGCUGACCGCUCUGUUGCCAGCACAGCAGCAGUUGUUGUUGCAGCAGGCUCAGGCACAGCUCCUGGCUGCAGCUGUGCAGCAAUCCAGUGCAGCCCACGCCGCUCACGCUGCCCACGCAGCCGCCCAAGCCAAUCAGCAAGCUCAGGCAGCCGCCGCCGCAGCAAAUCAGCAAGCCCAGCAGCAGCAGCAGCAGCAGCAGCAGCAGCAGCAGGCGGGACAAACAGGCCAACAGGCCCAGACGCAGUCCCAGGGACAGAGCACACAGGAACCGACUGCCCAAAGUGUCCCUAUCCCACCUCCUCCACCCCAGCUCACCCUCUCCCAGCCAAUCCAGCUCACCGCCCAGGACAUCCAGCAGCUGCUGCAGCUUCAGCAGUUGGUGUUGGUGCCCGGCCACUCGCUCCCGUCUCCUGCCCAGUUCCUCCUCCCACAGGCACAGCAGGGCCAGCAAGGACUCCUAUCGACACCAAAUCUUAUUUCGCUACCUCAGCAAAACCAAGGGAGCCUGCUGUCUGCUCCAACUAGAAUGGGGCUCCAAGCACAGCGAGAUAAAAGUGUGGAGGUGAGCAUGGGUGGAGGUGUGACUACAGUGCCGUCUGUGACCUCUCACCCCGAAGAACCCAGUGACCUGGAAGAACUAGAACAGUUUGCCCGCACUUUCAAACAGAGACGCAUCAAACUGGGCUUCACACAGGGAGAUGUCGGCUUGGCCAUGGGGAAGCUGUACGGCAAUGAUUUCAGCCAAACCACCAUCUCCCGCUUUGAGGCCCUUAACCUGAGCUUUAAGAAUAUGUGCAAGCUGAAGCCACUGCUGGAGAAGUGGCUUAAUGAUGCAGAGACCAUGUCUAUAGACAGUACCCUCCCCAGCCCCAGCUCGCUGUCCUCUCCCUCUAUGGGCUUUGACGGGAUUCCUGGUCGCCGCAGAAAGAAGAGAACCAGCAUUGAGACGAAUGUACGCGUGGCCCUGGAACGCGCUUUCUUGUCGAACCAGAAGCCUACCUCAGAAGAGAUCCUGAUGAUCGCCGAGCAGCUCAACAUGGAGAAAGAGGUGAUCCGGGUCUGGUUCUGCAACCGCCGGCAGAAAGAGAAACGCAUCAAUCCAUCCAGUGCCACCCCUCCCCUACCCAGCCAGCCCCAGACUGCCCAACCAACGCACAAACCCCCCUGCUACAGUCCUCACAUGAUGUCCAGCCAGCUGUCGCAGGCCGUGACCAGUCUCAGCACAACAGUGACCACCAUGUCCCCCGUCUGCCCCCUGACCUCCAGCCUCACCUCCACCCACCCUUCCCUCAGCUCUGCACCCUCCCCAGUGACUCCUCCUCCCCGCAGCACGGCCAGCCCAGCCACUCCCAGCCACAGCACACUCAACCUUAACACAGGGAACACUGUGAUGGGGGUAAACACAGGGAUGAACCAAGCCCUCCUCUGUAACAAUCCCCUGGCCACUAUCCAAGCCCUAGCAGCCAGUGGUGGCCAGCUGCCUCUUUCCAGUCUUGAGGGGGGCAGUAAGGUGAUGCUGGGGGCCUCUGGGGGCCAGGGAGGGGGGCUCGCCUCCUCCCUCUUCCUCAACCACCCCGCCUUCCUCCACAUGGGCCAGAAACCCAGCGCUGGACUGGUCAGCGCUGCCAUAGCCAAAGCCUCCCAGGCCUCCCCCUUCCCCUCUGCCAGCAGCAUCAGCCCCACCCCCUGCACCCCCUCCCCUUGCUCAAGCCCCGCCUCUUCCUGCUCCUCCAGCGAAAUGGCACACAGCCCAACCUCUCUGGGCGGGGCCAAGAUCGAGUGACCGCGCCAAGGGCCAAUCAGAGAGGAGGAGGAAGGAGGAAACGAGAACCUCGCCUUUCACACCAAAGCUAUCUCUUUCUCUCUCUUGCGCUCUUCUUCCGUUAUUUUUUCGCAAUGGCUCUCUCCCUCUUUCUCUCCCAGUCUUUCAA